UAUCAAUGCUAAUAUGAAUUUAAAUCUUUUCAUUUUCUACUGAAUUUUUAAAUUAAUUUUAAGUUUUUACCGUGUUUGUUGUGCAGAUCAUGUUUAAAUGCUGCUGAAGCUCCUGCUUUGUUGUUCUCCAGCCCAACUGUUGAAAACUUACUGGCGUCUUCCUUAGCCAAUAGGAACACAGCACUAUGAGCCCUCACAUGUCACCCAGCCAAUAGGCGCGCAGUGGGCGGGGCUUCGUUCCCGGCUAACGUAAGCGUUGUUUGUAGGAAGAAGAAGCCGAUUCUGGAAGCCAUUACGCUGCGCUCAUAAAGUGAGCAAAUCGUACUAUUUUUGCGUACAUUACGCACGUUUACCUCCGUCAGGAGCGUCUCCCGCAGGUAUGGCUUCGGCCGCCAAGAAGAGGAAGAUGAAUUUCUCGGAGCGGGAGGUGGAAAUCAUCGUGGAGGAAAUAGAGAAGCAGAAGCAGACUCUGGUGAGCCACUUCAACGCGGGAGUCACGCACAUGGCCAAGAACAACGCCUGGAUGGACAUCCUGAAGAAGGUGAACGCCGUCACCACCUGCCCGCGCGAGCUGCCCGAGGUCAAGAAGAAGUGGUCCGACAUGAAGACCGAGGUCCGCCGGAAGGUGGCCCAGGCCCGGGCCGCCAUCGAGGGCACGGCCGCGGACUGCGCUCCGGUCCCGGUCAUCCUCACCGCCAUGCAGCAGCGGAUCUGCAACCUGCUGGGAGAGGCCACCAUCAUCAGCUUACCGGCCGGGGACCCGGAGGCGGAGAUCAGCCUGCCGGUGGCGGUGAGCGCCGCGACCACCGUCACCCUGACGGAAGCUCUUCCAGGACCAGCAGGGGGCGUCUGUGAGGAACCCAAACCGCUGACCGCUGAAACCACGUACCACGCCCUGGAGGACGGCGGCGUGGUGGAGUACUGCACCGCCGCCGCCGUGGGAGACUCCGCCCCCGCCGUGAUGGCCGCCGUGGAGACGCCGGUGGAGAUGCUAGCGCCGUCACUAGCCUCGCCGGCGCCGCCGCAGGCCAAGCCGCAGGAGCUGAAGAGCCGCAUCGCCCUGAACUCGGCGCGCCUGCUGCAGGAGCAGCGCGUCACCAACGUCCACAUCCGCCAGAUCGCGCAGCACCUGGAGGGGCAGAACGAGCUGCUGCAGGUGAUGCGGCGCUGCCAGGAGGCGCAGGCGCUGGCGCAGGAGCGGCAGGCGCAGGCGCUGGAGGGGACGCAGGCCGCGCUGCUGGCGCUGGUCCAGAUGCUGCGGCCCGCGCUCAAAGACCUCAGGAAGUUCCUGCAGAGCGGGGCGGAGCCGGCGCCCGCGUCAACGGCGGCGCCCACAGCAACGACAGCGCCCGCGGCAACGGCAGCGCCGCCUGUCGGCACUGCAGAGGAAGAACAGAGCAGGUGUAAAAGUCCUGCUGCAGCACCGCAGCAACCCGAUCCGCUGGAGGAGACACACUGACCCAAAACCGGUUCUGACCCAGUUCUGACCCGCUGGAGGAGACUCACUGACCCAAAACUGGUUCUGACCCAGUUCAGACCCAGUUCUGACCUGCUGGAGGAGACAUACUUGCCCAAAACUGGUUCUGACCCGGUUCAGACCCGGUUCUGAGCCGCUGGAGGAGACACACUGAGCCAGAUCCGAUUCUGACCCGGUUCAGACACAAUUCUGUCCUGGUUCUGAGCUUUUUCUUAUCUGCUCUGACCCGGUUCUGACUCGCUGGAAGAGACUCACUGAGCCAGAUCCAGUUCUCAAUCGGUUCUGACCCGGUUCUGAUGCUCAGCCUGGUUUUACAGGCUACAGACAGGAAGCUGCAGUGCUGCAGUUGCUCCACUGGGGGGCGCUGUGUCCCUACAAACUGUGUUUUUUAAUUCAUGCAGUUCUGUUUGGGUCUGAAGACAUUAAAUCAUUUUUAAUAAAUAAAAUCUGAAUUCUGGUUUUUAAAGCUAAAAACUGAACAAAAUGUCUGUGUGGAGGAAGUGACAUCAUCAGCGUGAGCGUUGCUAUGGAAACAGGUUUGUCAGUUUGCUGCUCUGGAGCGUCCAGCUGGUUGUUAGUUAUUCACAUUUUUGCUUCAUUCCAGUUUAAUUAAAAAAUCUCCUUCAAAUUUCUGCACAUUAACUCCAAAGUUUGUUUGGAGGAAACCAGGCCGUCCCUACACUGAGACAUGGUGGUGGCAGCAUCAUGCUGUGGGGACGCAGGAGCUGACAGUCGUCAACAUCUGGAGGGAAAAUGGCCGCCAGACGUCUCCAUCCAGCCUGAUGCAGAAGAAGAAGAAACCUGAAGAUCAGAGUAACUGGAGCAACAAUUUCUGUAAACAUCCUGAAAUGAAUUUAUUUAUAGAAAUCUUAUUAUUUAAAGUACAUAUUACUGGAUAUUUAGGCAUUUAAUGUGACCUUUAUUUAAUUAUUUAAAAUUUUGUCCAUUUGGGCCUCCAUACCUCAGGGGUCACAUAAAUAUUCUGAAAAUCCUUUCAUGACCCCCAGCCAGUGUCUCAUGACCCUCUGGGGGCCCGACCCCCAGUUUGGGAACCCCGGGUCUACAGCAGGCGUUCAGAAACUUUCCGGCCUCUGACCCCAAAAUAACAUCAAACGAUGAAAAUACAUAUAAUAAUUUUAAAAUAGUCGAAUAAUUACACGUAUUUGUAAAUGAAUUCUUCUAUAAAAAUGAUCAACAUGUAUUAACAUAAUUUACUGAUAAAUUUAAUGAUACAUUAAUUCUGGCACAAACAUAUUUUUGUUUUCUUCCAUUUAUUUAUUUAUUUAUUGAGUUUUAUAUUUGUAUCUGUGUUAGUUGGUCAGUAUUUUCCAGGAGGGCCCCGGGCCCCUGGGCUCCCUCUUUGGGGUCGCCGCUGGUUUCCAGAUCAAUAAGCAUUUCUUUCCUAAAAAUUAAUUUUAAACUGGUUUUAAUUUAAUCUUUACAUUUUCUAAACAUGAACAUGAACAU